AUGAUUUUCCUUCGUCAUCAUCUGGAUGAAGGAUUGAAGGUUGAAUACCUUACGGUGAAAGAUCCACUUGAAUUGUGGACUGGUUUGAAGGAAAGGUAUGACCACCUUAAGGCAAUGGUAUUGCCAAGGGCUCGUUAUGAAUGGAUUCACUUGCGGUUACAAGAUUUUAAAACUAUAUGUGAAUAUAAUUCUGCUGUAUACAAAAUUACUUCCCAAUUAAAAUUAUGUGGGGAAGAUAUAAAAGAUGAGGACAUGUUGGAAAAGACUCUCACAACUUUUCAUGCCUCAAAUUUGGCCCGUCCCACGGGAACUGUUCCGUUACCGGAAGCAAAUGAGGUUGAAGCACAUGGCCAGUCUGAAAGAAGACAAAAUAAAAAUCAAGGCCAAAAUAAUGUGCGUGGACGUGGCAAUGGCAUAGGACGAUAUAAUAAUCGUCGUGGUGGUGGUCGCCGUAAAAGGGAGAACAAUAUGGGUUCUCAAAACAAUCCUUCAAGAGGCAAUUGUCAUCGUUGUGGCUUGAAAGGGCAUUGGAAGAAUGAAUGCCGAGCAGCUGAGCAUUUUGUUAGGCUUUAUCAAGAUUCCUUGAAAAGAAAAGGAAAUAAAAAUGGUGCAUCUUCUUCUAAUGCUCGGGUGGAGUCACACUUGACUUAUAAAAAUGAUGCCGAGGCAGGGCCUUCACAAAAAUAUGAUGACAAUAUUGAAGCAAAUUUGGCUUUAAAAGAUGAUGAUUUUGAUGACCUUGAUGAUAUUACUCAUUUGGAAGUUGAAGACUUCUUUGGAGAUCAAAAUUAA